AUGAGCGGCGCGCGGCGCAGGGAGGAGCAGCCGCCGCCGCACGCGCAGCACCCGCACGCCGUGCCCAACGGCGGCGCCGCGCCGCGCGCCUCCGCGUGGAGCAAGGCCCUGCGCAGCCGCGCCGCCUGGCACGACAAGGAUGAGUUUUUAGAUGUGAUCUACUGGUUCCGGCAGAUCAUCGCGGUUAUUUUGGGCAUCAUCUGGGGAGUAGUCCCACUGAAGGGAUUCGUGGGCAUAGCAAUAUUCUGCCUCAUCAAUGCUGGUGUUCUGUACCUCUACUUCAGUAGCUUCCAGCAGAUAGAUGAGGAGGAGUAUGGUGGAACGUGGGAGCUGACGAAGGAAGGAUUCAUGACGUCAUUUGCACUCUUUCUGGUUGUUUGGAUAAUCUUCUAUACUGCCAUUCACUACGACUGACACAGUCUGCAGCCCUUGCCUGUGAAAUCUGUCUUCAGUAAAUCAAGAAGGUUUUAAUAAAUCAUCAUCUCUGGCAGACUGGUGGGAAGGUGGGGGACGUCAAACCAGCUCCCUCCUGUUCCAGCGGUCUCACGAGCCCGGGCGAGGUUUUGUACACCUGCUGCUCGCUGGAACUUUUAAAAGCCAUUGAUCUUCUCACAAGUGGUUCAAGACUGUUCAACUUCGAACUCUUCCUGUGACUGUAGCCAGUCACUGUGUCCAACUUCUGUAUGCUGAAGGCUGAAUCUGAUAAUUUAACGUGUGUAUGCCCUCUGUUUGAGAUCUGUCAUUAAAUCCUGACUUGUCUUCCAUUGUUGUCCUUCAGAAAAACAGUUUUAAAAAGCCGCUGUGAGGCACUUGGGAGGAAGGCCCUGCAGCAUCCGGGAUGAGUUCAGUGGCUGCCCUCCAGCGCCAUUGAAGUGAUCAGGUCUGACUCGAUUAAACAGACUGUGUUGUCACCAUUUCUAAGUUUUCUCUUUUGUUUUAUGCUUUUUCGCCAGAAUAUUCAAAUGGUCUUUGUUGAAGAUGUUUUUUAAGCAACUUUCCUGGGAAGAAUUUAUAAUUAAUUGAUUAAUGAAUGUUUAACUUGAAAAUAGUAUUCAGGAGAAAUUUCACUGCAUUCUGUUAGCCUGGCUAUUAACUCAGUUGCUGGAGCUUACUGCAGAGUUCAGGAGUCCCGAUGGAUAUUCAUUCUGGAGGUAGCCUUCUAAAGGUUAAGCAUUUCAAUUCCAGAAUAAUUUUUUAAGAUGUUGAAUGAAAUGAGAUUCGGAUGAUCUUUUUUGAGGAAAUGCAGGACACUGAGACACAAUUGAGGCAGCUAAUAUCUUAAAGACAGAAUUACUAACUUGGAUAUCAGGCAUGCUCGGUAAAGUACAGGGCCUCAAAAUCGAAGGUAUUCUUUGGUUUAAUCACUCAAUAGCUGAGUGAUGCCCUUUUGGGGCAUCAGUUGGAGGAUCUCUCCUUUAAAAAUAUUUUC